AUGUCGGACCAAGAUAGCGCACCGGCCUCCCCAAGUAAAUUGGCUCCCCACCACAAUAUAUUUAUGGCCAGCUUGGAAAGCUCCCCCACAAAAGACAGGAACGGUUCCAGCCAAAAUGCCCCAUCUUCCAAAGUCAUUGAAUCAUUGCACGACCAGAUCGAUAUGUUAACAAAGGCAAAUUUACAAUUGACCACGCAAUCUCAGAACUUAUUGAGCAAAUUGGAGUUAGCACAAUCUAAAGAAUCAAAACUAUUGGAGAACUUAAACCUUCUAAAGAAUGAAAACGAAAACUUGAGUUUGAUAUUCGAAAGAAAAAAUAAGAAGUUAAAGGAAGUAGAGAAAAAUUUUAGUGAUUUGAGUAACGAUUACAAUGUACAAAAGGAAAAAUUGACCGAAUUGAACAAAGUGAUGGAAAAUUCCAGUGUCAUGGAAAAGACAAGUUCCGAGAAAUUACAAAAUUUGGAGGUCCAUUAUGAUUCUUUAUUGGAAUCACAGAAUUUCUAUAAAGAUCACUAUUCUAAUGAAAUUUCCAAACUAAAUGAGAAAAUCAGUUUCUUGGAACUAGAAUUGAGUAACCAAAAUCUAAAUUUCGGUUCGGAUGCUAGUUCUAAUUCAGAUAUAGAGUUAAAUCUGGCUAAAUUCAACGGCUCUGUUAAUGAUUUGAAAGCCAUGGAAACAGAAAAGGAUUCAAAAUUAAGCAAGAUAAUCGGGCAAACUUUAAAUGAGCUGAAUUUAGAAAACUGGUUAAGCUUGUAUGAGACAAAUGAGAGUCUGAUAUCAUCUUUUGCUGAAAAGAUGGAUUUGAACGAUGUUUUGGAGAAAAAUGAUGACAAGAGGAACAAUAAAGAUACGGUCCUCCAAAAUCUGAAGAAGAAUGUGCAAACGCAAAUCGAAAGUAGUAACGCUAACAAUAUGGACAAUGGCAAUGAAUCAGACAUACUUCCUAUCAAGAUGGUUAAAUUGAGAAAGACGCCAAACCCAAACGAUCCGUCUUCGAAUAGCAGUAAUAGUAGCAACAAAAGAAGAAGCUUUUAUACUGCAUCGCCAUUACUGUCGUCAGGUUCUGCGCCAAAAUCGUCAUCCCCCGUUUUGCCUGGUGUCAAAAGGACAGCAUCAGUGAGAAAGCCGAGCACAGGUAACAGCAAGGCAAAUAUAAUGCAUAAUAUUGAUACAAGUACAACCCCUACAAUAUCAGCACCACCUGGGGCUACAAGACAAACUUCAUCCGCUCAUAAAAAGAAGAGAAACAGUACGGUUAUACACGGGAAUCAACCCUGA